UCAUUUCAUUGAGUGAGGGGGGUUGGUUGUGUUUCGAUGUGGUGGAGAAGGUGGAGGGAAUUUAGACGUGGCGGCUGUAGGUGUCAGCUUGGAGGUUCUAAUGUUAAAUCAGGCAGUUGGCUCCGCCUACAGUCUAUGGGCAUUGACUGAGUCUGAAGGAGCUUUCGUAUGUGUGAUUAUCACCUCUCCUCGUGGACCCUUUCUUUGGGAACUGUUUCCUUUUCGUAUGUCACGAACGAUUCAUUUAUUAGUUAUGGACAUGCAUGAUCGGUCCAGGGCAUAUUCUUCAUGACGAUACCUGUCCCUGAUAGGGGUUGACGAGGCAUCUUUCCGAGCACGUCAGAGAGAUGGAACAGUCACAUCCUCAGGCACGUUGUUUCAAAAUGGAGAUUAACAGGAGAUUAUUCUUCACUGCACCAAGGAUGCUGACAAUGUGGUUGUUUUGUUCGCUUUUAAAGGACCGAGUGGGUCUCGCACAGGCUGAUGGGAUUCCAACGUCUUCACACUUACUGAAUGGAAGCCUGGGACAGUCAUUAGCUUUGUCAGUACAUAUUCCAUGGCCAGACCCAUUGAUACUUACUUGGGACUUCAGAAGUUCAUCCACUGGGAAAAAAAUUCAAAUCUGUAACAAAGCCCGAAACAACCCAGCAGAAUGUAGCAAUGGUUUUAAAGAGAGGUUCCGAUUAAACCUUGCCGACUACAGUCUGGAAAUACAGACUCUGAUGAAAAGUGACGAAGGAUGGUAUGAAGUUAAUGCAAGAUCAGGACAGGAAGUCCAUGUAGAACUGAUGGAAUUGCGAGUAUAUGAGCCUGUAUCAAAGCCAUUGAUACAGGUCACCAGUGUGACUCAUGGUGGGAUCUGUCAUAUUAACCUGAGCUGUUCAGUGAAAAGAGGCAGCAAUGUGACCUACAGUUGGUGGACAGGAGGAGAAGAGGUUAUAGGUGAUGAAUUCCACAACGUGACCGAUGAAAGCAGAAGGUUGAAAAUGUUUGCUUCCUCAAACUCUACCAGUAAAGCUUAUAACUGCACAGUGAGGAAUCCAGUUAGUGAGGAUACGGACAUGAUCAUACUCGAACCACACUGCGAGCAAGGUUUGUGCUAUUUAUUUAAUCUUUAAGGACACUUGCUGGUG